AUGAAAUUGAUUUCUUUUCUUUUUCUUUCAAAUGAAGUCACAAGCAGGGGAGGGGAGAGAGACGCACGAGGAGGAGGAAAGGGAGGAGGGAGGAGGGAAAGGUGGCGGCUGGGUUUAGGUGGCUCGACGCCGGAGGGCGGUGAGGGUGGUGGGGUUUUUGUGGUGGCAGAACGAAAGGAGAGAGGGAGAAAGGGGCGCGAAGGAGAGGAGAGACAGGGGAGGGGGGGUGUUUCGUGGGUGGUUCUGGGCGGAGGGGAGGACGGUUCGCCGGGGAGAGUGGCGGCGAAGGUUGGUUUUGAUGAUGACGGUUGUGGUGUGGUGUCGACGGUGGUGCUGCGAAGAGAAAAGGGAGAGGUGACAGGGGAGUGCGAAGAGAGCAGGGGAGGUGAGGUGGUGCUUGCGGUGGGUGUGGCGGCGGCUGUGCUUGAUUAG